GCAACGCAUAUAUCACCAUGGCUAUUAAUCUCUGGGUGGCUGCUGCCGAUAAUGAACUUGAAACUGUGCAAAAAUUCUUAGCCAGCGGCGACUACACUGCCAACUCCAAAGAUCCAAACGGGUAUACCCCGAUUCAUGCUGCCGCAUCCUAUGGUCAUAUCGACUUGCUCCGCUACUUGCUCUCACAGGGCGGCGAUAUAAAUAUCCAGGAUGCUGAGGGUGAUACCCCUUUACACCACGUGGAAGAUGUUGACACUGCGAGGAUAUUGGUGGAGGAGCUUAAGGCCAACCACAAGUUGAAGAAUGCUGAGGGCCAAACCGCGGCCGAGUACAUCGAAGAAGACGACGAGUUUCCAGAUGUAGCACAAUACUUGAGAUCAUUAGUGACCGACGCGGAAGGCAACACAGAAAGUAUCUUGGCGGGUAUGCCGGCUGCCGGGACCGUAGGCGGCCACGAUAUCAGGUACACGUACGAAAACAACAACGUGGAAGUGCAGACGACCCCAGAGGAGGACGCCGAGAGGAUGAGAAAGUUGGAGGCUAUUGCCAACAGUGAAAACCCCGAGGAGGCUUUGAGGGAGUUGGUCAAAGAUGCCGUACAUCAGCGUUUCCAGGAGUUGAGGGCCGAGCCAGAAGAGUCCAGAAAGAAGAGAAAGUAGUCGCCACUGUACCCUAAAUACGAAGUAUUAUGAAUUUUACAUCCAGUAGAGCUUAAUGAAAACGC